CAAACAUGCAAAUUGCUUAAGUAGUGUUUAUGGUCAAAAGGAAUUUGGCGACGAAACCUCGAUUUUCAAAUACCGAAGCGAUGUUAAACCGUUUUAUAUAGGUUAGCGCAGAGGAACAAAACUAAGAAUUUUUGCACUAGUAAACAACUAUCUUCAGUUGUUCCUCUUGCUGGUAAUUCUAUUGUUCCAGUAUGAUAAUCUCUUUAUAAUUUCUUUAUAAAUAUGUGCAGGAACAAUUAGGUGCUCAACUGUAGGAAACGAGUAUGGAAUGAACGUUGAUUGGACAGCUUACCCUUUUUCGUGCAUGCAGACAAGCCCUGUGGAAUUGUUCAUCUAAGUACUGGAAUGCAUUUCUAUUUCCGAAUUCCAAUUUUGCUGCGAUUUGCUUCGUGAGGUAUGUUUCACGACCUUCUUUGUUGCAAAAAUUGUAGUUCAUAGCAGGACAGUUGUCAACAAUAGAAGACUACUUUUUAAUUAAAUAGACGACAAGUAGCAAUGUUUCUCUUCCUCUUUUUAUGGAUUCAUUUUUAUUGUUGACUAAAGAGAUGGAGCGAUGUCCUAAUUAACAUUUCCACCAAGGGUUGCUUUCUUCGUCUGCUACAAUGGCAGGAAAUCGACUUGUGCCCCGAUAUGCACAUACCGAUGGAUUGACUAGGCUUGCAUAUACGCUAGACGGCACUUAUUUACUCACAGUUGGGUCCAAUCUGGUUAUAAGAAAGUUUCAGGUUGGUUCUGAUGAAGAACCUGAAUCCAUAGACAACCAUCAAGAUCCGAUUACUGGAAUUGCUGUUUCUAAAACCCAUUUUUGUACAUGCUCUGAAGACGCGACAAUAUGUGUAUAUCCCAUCAAUAACUCUUCAGAACAUACUUUGCUAGCCAGGACGACACUUCCUGUGCGUGAUAUUGCAUAUUCUACAGAUGGAAAUUGGGUAGCUAUUUCAAGUGAUGAAACAGCGGUAAAGCUUGUCAAUACAAAAGAAUUAACUCAAAUUCAUUCUUUGCGACCUUCCAAAACUUCAAAUAAACACGUAUCAUUCAGUCCGAAUGAGAAGUUUCUUGCCAUAUCCAGCUGCAACGGUAUAUUAUAUUUUUAUGAUGCUCAAUCCAGAAAUCUCGUGAAAUUUUUAACAAAUACUAUCUUGUCCGUUGAGGGUGAUUCUGAUCUUACCAGUAAGGCAAUUUGGCACCCUUUUGAUGGCACAUUCGCUGUUGCCGACUCUGAAAACCAAGUAUCUGUCAUAUCCACUGAUGAUUGGCUUGCUUUAUACAAACUUUCUCCGAAAGAAAAUUAUUCUUCCAUAACAGAUGUUGCUUGGUCAAGUAAUGGUCGUUUCUUGGCAGCUUCUUUCCGCGACUCGGGUAUAUUAAUAUGGGAUACUUAUUCAAAAGAAAUAGUAUCUGAACAUCAUUAUCAGAAUGUUGUUUCUUUGGCUUGGCAACCUUUUGCUAAUGUUUUGUCGUUUACUACAAAUCAAGGCGUGCUUUACAAUUGUCCAGAGGCUAUUCCUUUGUCAGAAACUAUCACAGAUGCCGAUUUUCAAAACAGAAACCAGCUUAAGAAUGGUCACAAGAAACGUAUUUUUUUGGAUGAGGCAGAAGAAAAUCUCUAUGGAAGUCAGAAUACCAACGACGAUGCCGCCCUUGCUGGUGGCAUCACAAACGGGGAAGAAGAUUUUGGUGAUUUAAAUGAAGAUGCAUUAGGUGAUCCAUUCGAUUUAGACGGUGAUAAUUACAUUGUGGAUGAUCGUGAAUUAGAACUUGCAAAGAAGAGGAAAGCACGUUCAACACGCGAUCAGCAGCCUGUUACCGCUGAUGAUGCUACGAAAAAACGUCGUCUUUUGCAUUCCGCCGUCCACAAGCCAGUUUACGCUGGAAGUACUCCAUGGCAAGGGAACAGACGUUACUUGUGUCUGAAUUUAGUAGGUUUCAUUUGGACCGUUCAACAGGACGACGGCCACAACACAAUUACCGUCGAAUUUCACGACGAGACUAAUCACAGAAGAUAUCAUUUUCCGGAUGAUCAAAAAUUUGAAACGGCUUGCUUGGAUGAAGAAGGAGCUUUGUUUUCCGCUCCAGCUACGGAGCAAUCACCAGGUGUUAUUUACUAUAAACCUCACGUGGAUUGGUCUCGGCGAUCUGAAUGGGCAUUAAUGCUUCCAAUGGAAGAUGAAAGCCCUGUUAGCAUAACGCUGAGCUCAAACGUAAUUGUUGUUUGUACAACAAGCGGCUAUGUGCGUAUUUAUUCUCGAACAGGCUUUCCUAUAAGUAUGUAUAGAAGUAAGCAACUACCUUUUGUUGCUUGCUCUGCUUUUCAAGAUCUUGUUAUGAUAGUUGCGAACGGCGGCCCUGCCGCUGAUGGAACCCCUCAAUUGGUGUACACAAUUGAAGACACAAGCAAAAACUAUGUCUACCAAUCGAAUGAUGGUUUAGCACUCCCACCUAAUGGGGAACUUCAAAGUAUUUUCUUUUCAGAUGUUGGUGAUCCAUAUAUGUUCGAUUCCAACGGUAUUCUUUUGGUCUUGCUUCAUUGGAGAACUCCUGGCCAGGCCAAAUGGACGCCUGUACUGGAUACAAAUGAAAUGGAACGUCGUAAGUCGAGACAAGAAUCCUACUGGCCCGUGACAGUAGCAGAUAAUCAAUUUCACUGUAUCCUUUUGAAGGGAAACGCUCGUUAUCCCUACUUCCCUCGUCCUAUGUUUACUGAAUUUCCAUUCCGCAUACCCUGUACUGUAGUGACUCCUGAUGCUCCUACCUCAGUUCCUGCAUUAGAGGAACUGCAACUUAGAAAUGCAAUUUUGUUGACAAUAACCGAAGAAGGAAUUAAGAAAGGAGAUGUUAACGAAGAACAGCAGCUUCAGGUUACAAGGCUUGAAGCUAAUAUUGACAAAGCUCUAUUACAACUAAUUCAAAAGGCUUGUUUAGAAGAAAAACUUGAACGUAUUCUGGAUUUAACAAAAGCUUUACGGAGAACACCUAGCAUAUUGGCAGCUCAGAAAAUUGCGCUGCAUCAUUCCCUUACCCAAGUUGCUGAAAAAAUUGGAACUCUUCUUCCUGCUGCUUAA